AGUACGCAAGCAGAAGGACCCCUGGCCUCAGUAUUGACUUCCCGGAGAAGGGUUUAGCUCCUCUCACAGCUCCGUGGCUGCCUUGGGCACUAAUCGGGAACGGGAUGGGAUGGGCGUGGGUUAAAUGUGGAAUGCAGCCCAACUCUAGGCUGUUGCGAUGAGAGGAUGAGAUGCGUUAUCUAGUUCCAGCGUAGGAGCCUCAGUCAGCUGUGACCAGUAACCCAGGCGGUCUUGGCCCCCAGAUUCUCCCACCUCUCACCCCACUGGCGGAGGCUGCCCUCCAUCUGGGGUGGGACUUUGUUUCGCAUCCACUCUCCACCCUCUCCUUUGAAUUUUUACUGUUAUUUAAUUUGUAGCGCGUCUCAGUCAAUCCAGGGAUGCUCCACCGGAGCCCGGAGCCCCAGAGCCCCAAAGGCGCCUCUUCCCUUCCUUCUGCCAAGUAACAUCGCCUGUACUUUUCCAGAUCCCUCUUUCCCUCUUGAAAUUGAAAGUUCUUGAGGUCGCUCAGGGUUGUUGCUCCAGCAGUUUCCUUCCCCGCCCCCCUUGCUCCCCCCCUCCCCCUCCACUCCCCCUCCCCUAUGGGGUACUCCCGGGAGCCCUGCAGAAGACUGGUGAGGCUCCUGCAAGCGAGCAGCAGUAGGAGUUUAAGAUCUUCACGCCAAGAGCGCCUUAUGGCAACUAGGGCUGUGACCGAGGUGCUGAAGGCAAGUGCUGGAAGCAGAGGAAGCAACAGCCACCACCGCGCCAGGCAGAACACUCUCAGCCGUGGAUACAGAGCCUGAAGCGCCGCCGCAGCCGCUGAAGCCGCCGCCUCGUCCUGCCCCCAGACCUCAGCCCCCAGACCUCAGCCCUUGGGAUCGCCGCCUCCUCGCAACAUGCUACCUGCAGCUGCCUCAGCGUGGCCGCUCUCCUCUUUUGGACCCCUCUCCCGCCUUCAUGACAGCUCUCCUCUAAGAUUCGCCGGACUUAAUUGCUCGGACAAUUUGAAAGUGCAAUAAUUGAUAUCUCUCCUUCCCACCCACUUCGCUUCAUUUUCUUCAUCUCCCUUAAUCAUCAUCGCCACUGUCGGAUCUGAGCUGAGAAGUCACUCAGCUGUUUUGGUUAUAUGCGUGCUUAUCUAUAGUAUAUCUUUAUCUAUAUUUAAUAAUCAACAACAAAAUUAACAACCAAAAAGACAAGGGGGGAAAGGAAGAGACACUAUUACCGGGUUACUAUGCACUUGCGACUGAUUUCUUGGUUUUUUAUCAUUUUGAACUUUAUGGAAUACAUCGGCAGCCAAAACGCCUCCAGGGGAAGGCGACAGCGAAGAAUGCAUCCUAAUGUCAGUCAAGGCUGCCAAGGAGGCUGUGCAACAUGUUCGGAUUACAAUGGAUGUUUGUCAUGUAAGCCCCGGCUAUUUUUUGUCCUGGAGAGGAAUGGCAUGAAGCAGAUUGGAGUGUGUCUCUCUUCAUGUCCAAGUGGAUACUAUGGAACACGAUCUCCAGAUAUAAAUAAGUGUACAAAAUGCAAAGCUGACUGUGAUACCUGUUUCAACAAAAAUUUCUGCACAAAGUGUAAAAAUGGAUUUUAUUUACACCUUGGAAAGUGCCUUGACACCUGCCCUGAGGGGUUGGAAGCCAACAAUCACACCAUGGAGUGCGCCAGUAUUGUGCACUGUGAAGCUAGCGAGUGGAGUCCAUGGAGCCCGUGUACGAAAAAAGGGAAAACAUGUGGUUUCAAAAGAGGGACUGAAACACGGUUCAGAGAAAUCAUACAACUUCCUUCUGCAAAGGGCAACCUGUGUCCACCUACAAGUGAGACAAGAAAGUGUAUGGUGCAAAGAAAGAAGUGUCCAAAGGGAGAACGAGGAAAGAAAGGAAGAGAGAGAAAAAGAAAAAAGCUAAAUAAAGAAGAAAAUAAGGAAACAAGACCUGAGAACAAAGGCCAGGAUCCCAGUUCAGAAUCCCGAGAUCAACGGGAAAAUAAAGACAAACAGCAGCAGAAGAAACGAAAAGUCCAAGAUAAACAACAGAAAUCGUCUAUGGAUCUCUUUGGGGGAUUGACAUCACCAUAACUGAAGGAAUCAGCCAGUGUUAUUGAGAGGAGACAGCCAACUCCAGGAUGGAACAUCACUGAGUAUGGAGCACAGAAUUAUACUCAUCUAUAUUGACCUUCUUUUUGUAAUAGAUGGGAUAAAAUACCUGCUCAAUCAUUCUUCUUAACCCUGUCAAGGUUGCUGCUUUCGGAAGACUUUAAAAUAAAUUUGGCUUUUGGUUGUUAGUACCAAGGCACUUCUCCAUCUGUUCUGCCCAUAUAAUGUGUUUCACACAUAUGUGUAUGUAAUACAGAUGUAAACAUGUGCAUAUACACAUGCAUAAUAUAUUUGUGGAGUACACCUAUAUCAUAUACAUGACAUGUGUAUAUAGGCAUAAUAUGUAUAUACUAUCCACAUAUGUAGAUAUUGCAUAUAAAUACAUGUGUAUAUAACUAUACAUAUAAAAUACAUUUGUGUAUUUUAUAUGCAUACAUACAUGUACCUAUAUAUCAUGCAUGUAUAUUAUGUUUCCAUUACCAAGGCAUAAAACUUUAAAAUGCUUUACUUCUUUCUUAUUUCAGCAUGUUCAUCCAUUGUCUUACAGGUGUCACUAUUAAUUAUAAUCGAUAUUCAAAAUAUAAUACCUCUUUUAUCUCCAAAGAAGAUUUCUAUGCUAACUCUGAGGGAGAAUAUAGCAUUGCUCUAAAGAAGCAUAUGGAAAAGGACUAUGGCCCCAAGUUUAGCACUUUAGCUUGGUCUCACAUGAUACCCUCUUCUAGCUGUUCUAUUACUUUAGUAUCAUUUCUCAAAUGAGUUAGGUUCCUUUCUUUAUCCACAGAUUUAUUUAGACUUUCAAUAAGCCUGCACUGAAUAUCUGCUAGUUUCCUAGCCUUAUUCAGUUACUCUAUAGUAUAGGUGAACUGAAUGCAAGCAGUGAGUAUAUCAUUUUUGUCUUUGUGUCCUCUAGUCUAUGGUAUAAUACCUUACACAUAGAAAGCACCUGAUAAAUGCUCGUUGGAUUGGAAUAGAUUAGUAAGAUAAAACUGAACAUUAUCUUGGCAAACAUUAAUGCUUUUUCUCUCAGACAAGUAGUUUGGCUCAUUCUCUAUGUCUUUCAAGGCAGUUUGCUUUUUCAAUUGAAAUUGGAUUCUAUCAAUCAACAAGUAUUUAUUAAGUAUACCCACUAUCUGCUAGACACAAGGCAUACCAAGAGAUAAAUUUAAAAAUUACUGUCUCCAAGAUGCUUAUAAUCAAAGGCAGUUUAAUAAUCUUACUCUCAUUAAAGCUGAACAAAGAAAAAUCUAACACUAUUUUGUAAAAAUAUUAAGUAAAAUAUGGAUUUCCAAGUAAGAUAAAUUUGUAAAUACUGCAUCUUUUUCUUUCUUCCUACUUCUACUUCCUCUCUCUUCUCCCUAUAUAAUAUGUGCCUAUUCAUGGAUGAGGUCUCAAAUUAAUCUCAAUCAAUAAUCUGCUAUAAGCCAUUGAUAAAUAUGUUUUAAUUUGCUGGCCAUUGUCUACUGUGCCCUUCAACUAUAUUCCUGCCCUUGAUUUUUCCUGAUUGGACCAGAUGCUAAUAAAGGUCAGAUAUUGCUCUCUGUACCUACCCCUUUGACUUCAGCUGCAGUUACCAUGCUUGUCCACACUAGUCUUCUACCCAGUUCCUAAAAUCUAGCAAUUGACUAAAGUCUUUCAGUGAUAGAGGCAGGGAAUAAAGUUGUUUUUUCUUCCUUUACUUGUCAUUCUACCCUGUUCCUACUUUAUGAUGUCAAGAGUGUAAAGAUGGCACUUCUUCAAAAGAUGUCAGGAUUUCAAGUUGGAAAGCAUCUUGGUGAUUAUCUACUCUACUGUCCUAAUGGAUGAAAUAGCCUAUCCAAGUUCACAAAUUUAGCAGAGCAGAGAUAGAAUUCAAACCUUAGGGUUCUCUAACUCCAAAACCAAGUGUCUUUAGCCAAGACACUAAAGCUACCUCCAAGCUUAGUCAAUCAGUUUCUCCAUAAAAAAAAAAAAUCCUAGGCUUUCAGUUUGACUGUUUCUUGAAGCUCUUUAAAUAACAGCUGUUGUUCUUCUUGGAAAUCCUUAGCACAUCAAAAGGGUGUUUAAAAAAUACAAUUAGCAUUGGGAACAAAAGGGUAAAUAAAAACAUCAUUUAUCGCUUUAGUAGACUCAAUAAACACCAUUGUUUGUUGACA